AUGUGGCAUGAUACACCCUGGUCAAGAACAUUAGGUGAAUUUCUUCAGGAUUAUAAUAAAGUUGAACGUCGUUCAUCAUGUUAUAGUCCAUUACCAAGUCAGACAGGUAUCAAUUUUAUUAUUAUGAUUCGUAGUAAAAUACAAUUUUUAACUCCAAGAUUAUUGACUGUACAACGUGAUUAUGCACAAAAAUUGAAUGGACUGCGUCGUGCUACCAGAGCACAGUCCUUGGCCGUAACUGAUGAAGAAACUGCUGAUUUAUCGGGGACACGUUUAUCGAUUUCCAAUAGUUUAACGUCUGUCCAUAAAUGUAGCGAAGAACAAGAUGAAGAAAAAUUGGAAGUAGGUCGUGUAGCAAGCUGGGCGGUUGGAUUUGAAAAAUUAUUAAAUGAUGAUAUGGGACUAUCAAUAUUUACUGAUUUUUUAAAAAAAGAAUUUAGUCAAGAAAAUAUUGAAUUUUGGAUAGAAUGUGAAAAGUUUAAAAAAUUGUCAGAUUUAGACGUGAUUCGUCAAAAAGCUGGAUCUAUAUGGUCUACUUAUCUCAGUGAUGCCGACGAUGGAUCAUGUCCAAUUAAUAUUGAUAGUCGAACAAGACAAGAGUGUCAGUCAUUAUUAAAAACACCAAAUGUGAACAUGUUUGAAAAAGCUCAAUCUCAGAUAUUCCAAUUAAUGAAAUAUGACAGUUAUACAAGAUUUUUAAAAUCAAACAUGUAUAAAGAUUGUAUCAUGAGUGAAAUGGAAGGUAAAUCUUUACCUCAUCAUCAUACAAGUGGUAGAGGAGAUAAUGAAGAAAGAUCAAAAACAAUUGAUUGUCUGAUCAAACUGAAAGAUGAAGAGAAGAAAGACAAAAAACGUUCACCAUUACUUCCAUGGACUAAAGUAAAACGUGAUCGUGAACCAAUAAAUGAAAAAGAGAAAACACCAACAUCAACUACAAGUCUUCAAACACCGACAUUUAAAAUUGAUAAUAAAAUAAAACCAUCAGCAUCAUCAUUAACAGCAAUAACAAUAAAUAAUAAUAAUAAUAAUAAUAAUAAUAGUAAUAAUAGUAUAGUCGAUUUUUCUUUAUCAUCAUCAUCUGUACGUUCUGAUAUUAAUCAUGACCCAUCUCUCUUAUCCUCUAAUUUAACUGGUGCAGCAUCUCAAUUAUUAAUAAGACGCGGAUCAGCAAAUACAUUAACUUUAGAUACAACGAAAAAAAAUAGUGUAUCGGAUUCUUUUACAGUUGAUUCGUCUCGAUUUUGUCGUUUUUUAUUUCCUGAUUCAACAUCUGCCAUUAUCCUAUCGUCUAAUUGUAAUCAUAUAACUAUUCAACAAGCAAUUAAUCGAUUAUUUGCUAAACGUGGUAUAACAUGGUAUCGUACCGAAUUAUAUGUGUCAAACUCUGAUCAACUUGUGGAUGUUCAAGAAACAUUGUCAACAUUAUGUGGUAAAGAAGUGCGUGUAGAAAGUCGUGUAUUAUGUCGUCUUGAUCUUCCAUCACGUUCAUUGUGCAUACGAUGUGAUCCAAAACGAACGUUACUUCAAAUACUUCAGCCAAUACUUGAUAAACUAAAAUUAUCUAUAGCACAAUUUGUUUAUUAUAUUAACGACUCAUUGAUUCCAUUAAAUUUGAAUGAAAAUAUAUCUGGCUAUGAUAAUCAACGAAUUUAUACAUUAACUAAAACAGCAUCCGGUGUGGACAUGUCUGCCCGUACACGUUUAAAAUCCACAAAUGAUAUAUUUGAAAUGAUACCGGAUAAUGAUGAAGAUAUACGAUUUGAUGAAACUGGAGUAUUAAAAACCUUAAAACAACAGCCACUUCAACGACAUAGUCCAUCAAUAGUGAUGAAUAAUGAUGAUCAUUCACCGACGCCCGAAAAACAACUUGAAUCUGUGUCUUUGGACAAUGAUCGCGCACAAAGAAAACAAAGCGAAACUGUUUCAAAUCCUAUUACAACAAAAUACUAUUCACAAAAGCAGAUUCUAAAUGCCAAUUUAUUAAAUAGAGUAAAACGUGGACAGAUAAAAAAUAACAAGCAGCCUUUUAUUUCGCAAUCAACAACAAUAAAAUCUGCUCUAAAACAACGUCAAGAUGCAGUGCCAGAAACAGUACCCAUUGACAUGGAGAACGUUAAAGAUCUUAAUGAGCCAGAUUUAGGUCUUGGCGGCGAUUCGAACAAUUAUUUCGAUCUUCCAUUUUCAAUUGGCGAUCGUCACAGUGCUAUUCCAGUUCAAAAUGAGAUUUAUGUUUUGUCACCACAAACAACUACUUACACAAGAAAAAACAAAUCAACUCAAACGCAAAAAGUAAGUGCAGAAAAAAUAUUUUUUGAUCCCGAACCGGUACCAAUUUCACCACAAAUCGUAGAUGAUUUGACAACAUUAGCAGCAUUCUUUUACUCUAUUAUAUUAUUUGGCAUAGUAUUUACGUGUUUAACAUGUUGUACGCAUUUUGAUGCACCAUGUUCAUCAUUUUUCUUAACAAUUGUUCAAACGUUUACGGGACUACCAGAACCUGUACUACGCUCAGUUUUACUUGUUGGAAGUUGUUUUAAAUACCUUGAGAAAACAGCUACAUUCCAAAAAGUUCAUCAAUUUAAUAAAUGGAUAACACAUAGUAUUGGGAGAGGAGCGAGGUUUCUUUGGUCAUUUGUACGAAAAAAUAUAUGUGAGAAAUAUUGUACAAGUUGUUUUAAUACAGAAUUAGAAGUUUCCGACGCUAAACAACUUUUGGCACGUCGUCCAUUAAAAACGGUGAAGAAAUCAACUGAACAAUUGAAUAAGAAAACAUCAAACAGUAACGUUACACGAGCGCAAGCGACUAGAAAAGACGAGAAGGAUUGUAUUGAUAAAAUUGAUGAAAUUCUAACAGAAACUAAUGAAGAUGAUAAUGACAUCGUUGAAGACGCCGCAGAAGAGAGUCCGAGUGCUGGUCGCUCUUUGGUUCAUCCUGAAGGAAAAUUUAUUGUUGAUAUUGAUAAAAAUAUUGAUAUGGCUAAAGUUACACCCAGUUCUCGAGUGGCACUAAAAAAUGAUAGUUAUACAUUACAUAAAAUACUUCCAAAUAAGGUUGAUCCACUAGUCUCAUUAAUGAUGAUUGAAAAAGUGCCCGAUUCAACAUAUGAAAUGGUGGGCGGUCUUGAUAAACAAAUUAAAGAAAUCAAAGAAGUCAUUACCCUAGUCGAGAGUCCCGCGGGACUCCCUCCGGAAUUUUCUUCUCAAAAAAUCCAUAGGGAGUCCUACGGGACUCCACAAAAAGUCCCGCGAGAGUCCCAUACACAAAAAAUUUUAUUUUUUGAAAAAAUCAGUAUGAAUAAACAGGCAGGUAGUAAAUUCAGGUGUACACAGCAAAUUCAGCUCUCUGUUCCCUUAUCUAAGUAAGUCUCAUUUUCGCUAGUCACAAUGUUACACUAUCGGAUGUUGUUUUUAAAUUAACAAUUGCUUCUCGAUCGUUUAAUUGAAUAACCAAUGCUUCUUGUAUACUUUUUCGAAAUAACAAAACCAAAUGCACUGUUGGGUAGGAUUUUGAUGCUUGUAGUACCGUUGUCGCAGUCUCAAAUGCUGCUAAAACUUAAUUAAUUCUUCGCCAAUAGCUAUAUGUUCAUAAUCGAGAACUAGAUUAAAUAAACCUAAUCGAUUCAAUAUUGCUCUAAUACCAUUUAUAUUAUGAAUAUAACUUCUAGAAAACAUUAUAGGAAAGAAAUUGGAGAUAGAAAGAUUACUGUUUGCACAAAAAAGAUAUAAAGAUAUGAGCAACUCCAGCGUCAUAGACGUGACACAUUCCUACAUCUUUGUGCCACUAUUAUAGUGGCACAAAGGUCUAUUAGACCUUUAACUAAAACAGCACUAAAGUCCCUAUUGCCAUCAGAGAUUCAGUCCCGAUUCGUCGACACUCACUCUCACACCGCCUUUGAAAUUCUUUGAUGUAUAUUCUUUGAAGUGUCCGAUUUGUCGACGAAUCGGGACGAUACCCCAUCAGAUAUUGGUGCCUACUGUCUGUAAAAAAGACAGUGCACUUGGUCAUUUUUUUCUCUCUCUAUAUAUAUAUAGAUACGUUAUAGGAAGCAUGUUUCUUCGUUUGAAGAAAAAUGUUAGAAAAGGACAGAUUGCUCCACGAGAUAUAGACGUAUAUAUAUAUAUAGGGCAUUUUAUUUCUUAAAAGUAGACUACUUUUAUACUCGAACUUUUUGCAGUUUAUAUCUGCUUUUUGAACCUUUUUAAAGUAGAACUAAAGUGAGUCUGAGGUGAAUGAUUGACCCUGAUUGCAUU